GCGAUGGUGAUGUGCUGCGAAGAGCUGGUAGCUCUGAUCGUCACGUAUCUGGGUCGGCGGGAUCUGGCACGGUGCUGCAGCGUCUCCAAGCUGUGGAACCAGUGCUGCCGCUGGCAGCUCGCCCACGGCCGCGGAUUAGGGUUUCUCAUCGCCCCUACCGAAGGAUCCAAGCUAUGGAUGUGCGAUUCCAACACUGGGGAGGAGCAGUGGGUGCCACUAGGUCUCUCUGAUUCGGCUGUGCUGGGAACUUGCCAAGGAUUGGUGCUUAUAGAAUCGGAUGGGGUGCUGGCGAUUGGCGAGCCCAGCGUGAAGCGGUGGAAGCUCUUGUGGAGGCCGCGGAUUGAUGCAAUAUCGGCUUGGCUGGGUCGUGUGCAAGGCCAGCUUCUCAUCCUCAUCAUCGACAAGUCCGGCGCCGUGCAAAAGUACGAUUUCGCCAACGAUUCUUGGAUAGAUGUUUGCCGCCCGUCGAGGAGGAUCGCUCUAAUGGAGGAAUGCGUCUUAAUCAGGGGCGGCUGCUACAGGCUCUUCGAAAAGUUGACGCAUGGCCAUGACUACGUGUUUGAUGAUAUUUACAAGCUGGAUCUGAGGCGUGGAGUGUGGGACAAGAUGAACAUGAGACGUGAAUCUGUUCGCAAAUUCGAGUGCCUCCGGAUAGAGAAAAAGGUGGUAGAAUGGCGAGGCAAGGCCCUCAUGUAUACUCUUAAGGUGUUUGACCAGGAGGAGGAGCUACGAGAGGGCAGGGGAUUCGACACUCCAAGACUGUAUGAGCUACUGGUUGAUAAGGGAAAGGUGGUGGAGCUUCCGACGCGGCUGGACGCAGCCAUCCUGAACCCUUACAAGUACGAGGUGGUGUCUGAUGACUAUGACCUCUUUUGGAUAACUGGAGACAGAGAUGUGUUCAAGUAUUCGGUGGUGGACUCGUUCUUUAACAAGCUGGUACAGGGCUCUGAUACUGCGCCAAUCGAUGCGGGAGCUUACUUCUAUAUUCCUGACGGUGGGGAAGCCUUGUCUCGCAACAUUUUGUCACAUUUGCCCGAUGUACCACAUGAUUAUUAGAGCU